UUGCGGCAGUAAGCGUCCGCCGGAAGUUUCCGGCAGCCCCUCAGUGACUCGUGUGAGGAGAUCCCUUGAGGCGCUUUGGCCCUUCGUUGGUCUUUACGCGGCCCCUUCUGAAGCGAGGCAAUGGCGCUGAAGGGCGGCGGCGGGCAGAGCGCGCUCCUGGCGGGCUUCCGGGCACUGGGCCUCUACUCCAACCACUUGCCGCACGUGCUCCGCUUCCACCGUCGCCACCGCGAGUUCUACCUGGCCGUGGCGGUGGGAAGCAGCUUCCACACUUACAACGUAAAGAAGCUGGGCAUAGUCGCUGUUAGCAAUGCUUUGCCAGAGAAUAUUACAUGUUUGGCAGCUGACAGAUUGUUGGUCUUUGCAUCCUGUGGUAGCCUUCUCCAUGCUUUUGCUCGCAACAAAGAGGUUGUUCGUACUUACAAAGGACACAAGGCAGAUAUUCAUCUUUUGAUGCCAUUUGGGGAUCAUGUAAUCUCUGUUGAUAGGGACAAUGUUCUUAUCAUUUGGGAUGUGCAGUCAGAAGAAGAGUAUAUGCAGCUGAAUUUUGAUAAGACUGUGUUUGGAGUUUCUGCACUUAUGCACCCGAGUACCUAUUUGAAUAAAAUUCUUCUUGGCAGUGAACAAGGAAGUCUACAGUUGUGGAAUAUAAAAUCCAACAAACUCUUGUAUACAUUUCCAGGGUGGGGUGAAGGAGUAACAGUCCUUCAACAGGCACCAGCUGUGGAUGUUGUUGCUGUGGGCCUUGUGUCUGGUCACAUCAUAGUGCAUAAUAUUAAGUUUGAUGAAAUGCUGAUGAAAUUUCAACAAGAUUGGGGUCCCAUAACUGCAAUAUCAUUCCGUACAGAUGGACAUCCAGUUAUGGCUGCUGGAAGUCCAGUUGGACAUAUUGGGUUAUGGGAUCUAGAAGAGAAGAAACUCCUGGGUCAGAUGAGAAAUGCACAUUCCACAGCCAUUGCAGGCAUGUCUUUUGUCCAAGGAGAACCACUUCUCAUUACUAAUAGUUCAGAUAAUGCUAUCAGGGUGUGGAUCUUUGAUGGCCCUGGUGGAAAUGGGAGAUUGCUGAGAUGCCGAAUGGGGCACAGUGCUCCUCCAACAAAAAUUAGGUAUCAUGGGCAAAAUGGACAUCAAAUUCUUAGUGCUGGCCAAGAUAGCACUUUGCAGUCAUUUUCCACUGUGCAUGAAAGAUUCAAUAAAAAUUUAGGACGUGGUUCAAUAAAUAAAAAGAAAUCAAAAAAGAAAGGCCUUCUGUAUGACACAAUGGUACUCCCACCUAUUACAACAUUUGCAUCAGAGGUAGCCCGUCAGAGUGAUUGGGAUGGAAUUGUUGCUUGCCAUCAAGGUUACGUAACAUGUACUUCCUGGAAUUACCACAAAACUUCAAUGGGAAUCCACAAAUUAAAGCCAAAAGACUUCAGCAAAAAUAAACCUCUUGGUGUUUAUGCCACAGCAGUUGAUAUCACAUCCUGUGGAAACUUUGCUGUAAUUGGACUUACAACAGGACAAGUGGAUGUAUACAAUAUGCAGUCUGGCAUUCAUAGAGGAUGCUAUGGCAAAGAAAAAGCUCAUGAAAGCUCCAUCAGAGGAGUAGCAGUGGAUGGAUUAAACCAGCUGACAAUCACUGCAGGAAGUGAAGGAUUGGUUAAAUUCUGGAAAUUCAAGACCAAAGAACUUGUCCAUUCUACUAAUCUCUUCUCUUCGCCCAGUAAAAUGUUGCUUCACAGAGACAGUGGCAUUCUGGGAAUUGCGAUGGAUGACUUUGGAAUUAUUGUUAUGGAUAUAGAAACAAGAAGAAUUGUGAGGAAGUUUUCUGGGCACCAACGACAGAUAAAUGACUUCACUUUCAGUCCUGAUGGUCGUUGGCUACUAACUGCAUCUAUGGACUGUACCAUUCGAACUUGGGAUCUACCAUCUGGAUGCCUUGUUGACUGUUUUCUUGUAGAUUCUGCACCAGUAAGCAUCACUAUGUCACCUACUGGAGAUUUUCUGGCUUCAUGCCAUGUGGAUGAUCUUGGAAUUUACCUAUGGUCUAAUCGUUCCUUGUAUUCACUUGUUUCCUUGCGCCCACUUCCAGCAGAUUAUGUGCCUUCAGUUGUAAUGCUCCCUGGAACUUGCCCAUCUCAAGAUGUGGAUGUCACAGAAGAGGAAGAAACAAGUGAUGAAAUGGUAGAAUAUGAUUCUCCAGAUCAGCUGGGGGAAGCCUUAGUGACUCUUUCUACAUUGCCAGAAUCUCGAUGGAAGAAUCUGCUCAACCUUGAUAUUAUAAAGCAAAAGAAUAAACCCAAAGAACCACCCAAAGUGCCAAAAUCUGCUCCAUUCUUCAUCCCCACGAUUCCCGGUCUUGUACCAAAAUAUGCGUCUGUUGAACAUGAAAAUGAUGGACAGCAGUCAAAAAUAGUUGACCUUGGAGUAUUGGCACAGAAAUCUGAAUUCCACAUACAGCUUGAAGAAACCCUGGUAAACAACAACUAUAACUCUCCCAUUAGUAUUCUGAAAGGCUUGGGACCAUCAAAUAUUGAGACCGAGCUGCGAGGUUUGGCGCCUGAAGGUGGUGGGUCCAUUGAGGUUAUGCAGAGCUUUCUGAGAAUGAUUGAGGCCAUGCUGAACACCAAGUGCGACUUUGAAUUGGCACAAGCCUACCUUGCAUUGUUUCUCAAGUUGCACUUUAAAAUCCUCUCCUCAGAGCCAACUUUGCUGGCAGAAAUAUCAAGGCUGUCACCGCAGCUGGAAGAAACACGAAUCCAUUUGCAGACUCUUUUCAACCAAAGCCUUUGCAUUUUGAAUUAUAUUAAAACUGCUGUGUUAUAAAAUUAUCUUUUGUUCUGUUAAAAAACUAAGACAUUGAAUUCCUAGUUUCUUACAUAAAAUGUGUCUAAUAAUGGAUGUUAUACAUCAGGUUUUAUAAAGUCAGCUGUACAAUAUGGCCAGUAUAUUUUGUUUCCAAAUUUAAGUAUGACUGUGCUGCCUUUACAAGUUUGCAGUGAUUGUUUUCUAUAUAAAUAAUUGUAAAGGUGGUAAUGACACACUCAACAUCAAAUAAUAAAUUUGGAUUGUAAUUUCUUAAAAACUGAAUUAUCUGGAAUGCCUUGAGAUGGAACCAGUAUGGUGGUGUGAUUUGAACAUUGGAGUAUGACUCGAGACCAGGGUUCGAAUCCCUGCUCAGACAUGAAAACCACUGAGUGAUCCUGGGCAAGUCCCACACUCUCAACUAUUCAGAAAGGCAAAAAUAAACCUCAUCUGAACAAACUGCCAGUAAUACCCUGUCACCAUAACUUGGAAAAAGGAAGAGAGGCUGACCAAGGGAAAGAUGGAUAGAUGGUAUCCUUGAAGUGACUGGCUUGACCUUGAAGAAUCUGGGAGCAGCGGCGACCGACGGAGCUCUGGCGUGGACUGGUCCAUGAGGUCAUGAAGAUUUGGAAAAGACUGAAUGAAUAAAUAACAACAAAGUUGGGAAAAACUUGAAAGCACACAGGAAAUAUGCUGGGCAGAUAUAGAUCCGGUUUGUCAUGAAAAGCCGAAAGACAAUAAAAAUGCCUUGUGACAAAGAUACAGGUAUCUCAAUGCUGAAGAAAGACUGCUUUGUAGGUUGAAGAGAUAAGUAUAAGAUUUAAUUGUUUUGCUUGCAAUCAGCACAUUUAUAUGAGAACUCUUUGCCCUUCCUUUUAGGUAGACAUGUAUAGAACUGCAUUGUUAAUAAGCAAAUACCCUUAUGAGAUUUAUUUCUUUAAACCAAUCUAGACAUUGCCAUACUUUCUAGCUGUCAAUGUGGACAUUAUGUUUGUAUAUAUUGUAAUUCAGAUUUGUGUUUCUAAAAAAAUGCUAAUCUAGGAGCAUCACACAGAAGGCUAUCCAUCACUAUUAUAAAUAUAUAUUUAACAUAUACUGUCCAGAAAGAAAGUGGAAAAAAUGUUUGAAAGAGUUUAGGAUUCAAUCUCGAGGCAUGAAGCAGUUUUGCUCUUUUUCUUUCCAUUUUGUCUUUGGGAAACAAUAUUAUUCUUACAUUAUGUUGUUGGAGCCUCAUAUUAUGUUUUGCCCAUGCAAAGAAUUGGAGCUGUACUGUCAGUGUCCCAGAACCCCUCAUUAUGACACAAAUCACGCAGAAGUUGUAUACCAAGUUGUCUUCCUAUGCUAGCAACAGCCUUAUGCAAAAACUUGUGUUUUAGGAAUGGACAGACUGCUACACUUCAGUAUAUUAGGGUUUUAAUUUGUGCACACUCCAGAAAACUAGAUGUCCAUGGAGCGAGUGAUUUGUAGGAUACAGUUUUGAUGAAGGCUAGUGUUUCUUGCAAUGACACGUAUUUUACGUUACUGAUAACACACACACAAUAACAAGUAGUGGUUGGUUUGCAUGUAUGUUUACAGACUAAUAGAUUCAUAGGAAUAGCAAAAAAAUUGUUAGUACUAAUGACUUACAGAAAAAAGUAAACAUCUGAAACAGGUGAGCUUAUACAGGCCCAUCAUCUCUUUUUUUCUAACUUUCCAUAAGUUCUCUGCCAUUGGCUAAUUUACUAUGCCUACAAAAAAAGCUCUCUUUCCUUCAUAAAGUGGGGGGGGGGUUGAAGAAGGCUCCCCCUCCCCUCAUAAGCAAUAUAUAUAUAUUUCCAAUCCACCCUCGUUAGGAAUAAUUUUGUCCUGUUGGAAGCCUUCUAUAUGCACAAAUCCACUUGUGAACAAGGUACCUGGGGAGCAUGUUCCUUUUGGAAGGGAGGAGGAAAUUUUCAAAGGGAAAACACAUUUUACCCUUGCAGCAACAAAAGGGGUGUGUGAUGCCCCCAGUGGAUUUGCAGAUGGGAAACGUAGCUCACAGCCCUUGAGAGGUUGCUCAUUCUGCAUCUCCUUUUCCCGUUCUGGGAGCUGUUGAUGAAAACAAUUGUUUCAGCACUCACUAUUCCAAAAGAUAAUUUGAAAAUACAGGGUUUAAAAAAAAUUUAAUAUGUUUAUCUAGCAUCCCAUAUAUAUGGUUGGAUUGCCUGUCUAAAAAAAUUAGGGAUGACAGCUUUAGAAAAAGCAAUGAUCAAAUAUUUUUUGCCAGUGAUUUUGGUUCAUUGUUCAAUUAUUAAUGCUAUAUUGAAGCAAAAGCAUGGCCUUAUUUGUGCUAUGCUGCUAAUUUUAGUCAGAAGUUAAUUUUUGAAGAAAAAUGCUAAAAUUCUUUCUAAGGAUGAAUGACUUAAAGAAAUAGGAUUUUCAUUUGCCUUUCAAUUCUUUGUAGGUUUAUAGUAUUGUAAAUAAGGACACAAAUGUUUUUAUUUGGUAUAUGUAGAUAAAUAGCCCAUUCGAUUGAUCAAUCUCAGGGCAGCUUAUAAUAAAAUCAAAUAAAAGAGAAUUUUGUACAUUAGGCUAAACCAGUGCUGAAAAUUUCUGAUUGUUGCAGUCUUCCUUGCCUAAGAAAAAAACCAUAGGUUGAAGGCAAACACACGUUUGAACAAUUCUCCAAACCAAAUAAGUCUUUUUUUCCUCUGGGAAUUAAGGGCAUGUAGAAUGGCAAUUUCUAGCUAUUUCAUUCCUUGUUCUAAAUUCAUUGUGUAACAAAAUACUAUUUAAAUUGAUGUAGAUUAAAAACCACAUAAAGAAGUAAAAUAUGCUUAUUUAGGUCACAGUAUUAUACCUUGGAUGUGAAACUCCCUAAAGCAAUCACAUCCCCAAUGGGUUUGAUUCUCUUCUGCGAUGGCUGCUUAAUGCUAACUCUUCUGUACUUCCUUUGUCUUUUCCUCCCUUUUUUGAAAAGAUGCCUGCCAUUCUUCAAUAAAGUGCACAAUUGAAAGGCAUGGAAGUACGUAUUCAAAAUGGAUGUCUUUAAGAGAACUCCCUCUGGACUCCCAAAGAUACUUUUAUGAAGUCUUUAGGGAGACUUUAAAUGGAUGUGGAAAUUAAAUUUCCAUUAUAAGCAAAGAUGAAGGAUGACUACUACAGUUCUCCCAGCACUGCAGGAGACAAUGGGUAUCUUGGUGACAAGAUCUUUAUCUGGGCUUCAAAAGAAUCUUUUUGUGAAUGUCAUUAUGGGACUUAAUAGACAAUUAUGAGAGGGAAGGCAUGCUCCAAACUGUGCUCUCUAAAAUGAGAGCAAUUUAUGAAUAGAGUGAGAAUUCAUUUCCCUGAAUAUGACAGCAAGUGUUUUUGUUAAAAGUCCUGGAACUAGCUGAAGUGCUAGUUGGUGGCAUUCAGUACACAAAUACUGUAGUUUGAAAUUGGCAUCAGUGCCAACAAGUGAUUGAUAGAUACGUGUGCAUUCUACACUUCCAUUUUUGUAUCAGGUAAAUACGAAAGUGAGGUUGGCACAGAAUUUGACAUCCUUCCAACCUGCUUUGAGUGAGUGAAAGAAUUUGGAAGGUGUGGAAAGCGCCUGGAGAAAUAUCAGCCUUUGAGGAAGGAUGACUGAGAAGACUGUCAGUUGGUCAAGAGACUGGAGCUUCACUCAAGUUGAGAAGAUUAUGCUAUGGGAUCCUGGGAUUUGUAGUUUGGUUAGGCACCAGAACUUUGGCAAAGAAAGCUAAAGACCUUGUGAAACUACAGCUCCUAGGAUUCCAUAGCAUUGAGCUAUGGCUGCUAAAGUGAUGUCAAACUGCAUUAUUUCUAUAGUGUAGGGGAUACAGCCAGAGUUUCAGUUGUUUUCUCUGAGUAAAAAAUACUUUUAAGGGGGAAAAACAUAUUUGAAGUACUGCUUAUUUGUGCAUGUAUUUAAUUUAGUUGGGUUUGACCUAAAAUUAUAAAUCUGGUUUAAAGAUUCUCCAGCAAGCAAACAUCCAAAUAAAAUGUGAUUCUUAGCUUU